UCUGCUCGACUUUGAUCUCAUGGACUAUGUCGCUCAACUACGGGAAGGAAUCCUAGAGGGAUACACCGGCGUCGUCACUGGGUUCCAGAACACCGAGAAAGGACCCACACCCAUCGUCAGGAGGGUUUCUCUAUGCCUGAAUUCCCUUCCCCGCGCCGAUCGAAAUCCUUUCUCCUUCCAUUUUCUCGACCUGGCGGACUGUGCUGACGCUGAGGGAGCGAGAUGUUGUCCUUGGGCAGUUUUCAUGUCACACGCGGCUUUCCAAUCGCUCGAUGACCAUAUUCGUGCAUCGGAUGUCGAGGAGCAGAAGCGCAAUCGUAUGCGUGACGCUGAAGCGGAGGCUGGACUUGAUUUCUGUGGCUUCGGUGACCCAUACGCUCCUUACUCUUCUCCUGGCGAGGAGUCAUCAUUCGUCAGCGCCUUCUUGGACCCGGCUCUUCCUCUUGUUUCCAACGCGUCUCCCUUCCAGUGCGCUGAUAUGUAUGAUGAGGACUAUGAGGGCUUAGACAAUCGCAGCCUCCACGAGCUACCGUGA